AUGUCUUCGCUUCCCGGGGUGGCGAGGUAUGAACGCAUGACCACGCGAAACAAGAUUCAGUUCUUCUGGUGGUCCAUGCUUGUGAUGGGUUUUGCCUAUCAGUUCCUCCAAAUGACCGUGCUGCGCGUUCAGCCAAAACGUGAGGAACAGAUGUACAGCCAUAUCCGUGAACUCUACGGCGAUCAGUUGCCGCCAGAGCUUAUCGAAAUCGCGAAGCGGCAGCGCGAAGCACAGGACGCUUUGACACUGUCAAAUAUGAUACGCACGCCAACGCCUGGUGAGACGGCUGGGGCACUGCAGCACGCAUUGGACCCGCGUCGUAUCGCGCAGUUGCGGAGCCACAACGGGUAUUAG